AUGGGCAUUCACGGUGUUCUUAAUCUUAAUAAACCUCCAAAGCUUACCUCAAGGCAAGCGGUCGAUUGCGUGAAACGCAUCCUAAAUGUAAAAAAGGCGGGACAUGGUGGCACGCUUGAUCCAGAUGCCACCGGCGUUUUGCUCAUCUGUCUGGGAGAUGGAACAAAACUGUUUGAAGCGUUACAAGCUGGCACAAAAGAAUAUGAAGGUACGCUUAUAUUGGGUAUCACAACAGAUACCCUUGACGCCAACGGACAAAUUAUCAAGACCGCGGAUGCGAGUCGGAUAACCCCCGAUCAAAUUCGAUCCGUCUGCCAGCAGUUUGUUGGGGAAAUUGAGCAGAUACCCCCAAUGUUUUCUGCGAUUUACUAUGAUAUAGAAGCCCCUUCUGAAUCGUUUCAGGAGUCUAUUGUUACUGUUGGUGUGUUUGAUGGACUACACAUUGGGCAUCAAACGGUUAUCCAACAGGUUUUGACCCAAGCGAAAAAAUUCAAGCUAGCUAGUUUUGUGCUGACCUUUGACCCUCCCCCCUUGGCUUUCCUUGCUCCUGAAAGAUGUCCGCCAACCCUGACAACCGUUCCGAAGAAGAUUGAAAUAUUAGAGAAACUCGGUGUUGAUGCUGUGGUUUUCGCGCGCUUUGAUUCGUAUUUACAACAGAUGUCUCCUAAUACCUUUGUUCAACAGGUUCUACUGCAGCGAUUGCAUGCCAGGCAGGUUAUUGUUGGCUAUGAUUGGCAGUUUGGCAAGGGACGGUCUGGCAACGCCGAAGCCUUAAAGGAGCUUGGGGAUCAGCAUCAAUUUGAUGUAAUGAUUGUCGGUCCCGUACAACUUCACGACAAACCUGUUCAUAGUACACGAGUCCGUGAAGCAAUUGCACGCAGUAACCUUGACCUCGCAUCUGAGUUUCUAGGACGCCGAUACUCAAUCAUGGGCGAGGUAGUAAAGGGCGAGGGGCGCGGGCGGCAGAUUGGGUUUCCUACUGCCAACAUUGAUGCUGGAAAUCAGAUGUUGCCGUCAAGUGGAGUUUACGCCGUACAGGUUAAAUUAGAGGGCUGUAUGUUCGCCGGCGUGCUGAAUAUGGGGACCAGACCUACAUUUGACGGAGAAAAAUUCCAGAUUGAAACCCACCUAUUUGAUUUUGAGAAAAUGAUAUACGGGAAAAAAAUAGAAAUCUCCUUCAUCAAAAAGAUUCGGACUGAACGGAGAUUUCCAAACCCAGAUAUGUUAGUUAAUCAGAUUAAGCAAGAUGUUACUAUGGCUAAAGCUAUUUUGAAGUGA